UCUUCAAGAGCAGGAAGAUUUUCUUCUUACUCCAUUUGAACGCAAUCUCGAAGUUUGGCGUCAAUUAUGGCGUGUGAUUGAACGCUCCGAUUUGCUCGUACAAAUUGUUGACGCUAGAAAUCCUUUAUUUUUCCGCUCUGAGGAUUUGGAAAAAUAUGUAAAGGAAAUAAAUGAAAAGAAAAAAUGCAUUUUGUUAAUUAAUAAAGCGGAUUUAUUGACAGCUCGUCAACGACGCAUAUGGGCAGAUUACCUUGACUCUCAAGGGAUUCGUUAUAUUUUUUUUUCGGCUAUUCUGGCGCAUGAAAGGCUUGAAAAAAAGCAAAAUAUGCAGACUGACAAUGAAACUAUUUCCUCUAUUGGUGAAGAAAAGACAAUCCGUUGCAAGAGAAGCAUACGAACAUGGAAAAAUGACAUAUCAACAGAUAACUUAAAUGAGGAUAAUGAUGAAAUGCUGAAAAACCAUAAUAUCGAUGACCCAUCUGAUCAUCGAGAACGUAUUAGUGCAACCGAAGAUUUAAUUUCUAUGCUGACCUCUGAAGUGAGAGGAGAAGAAGUCGAUAAAGACCACAAGAUAGUGAUAGGAUUGGUUGGUUAUCCUAACGUGGGUAAAUCAUUUACAAUAAAUGCUCUUCUUGGAGAAAAACGAGUUUCGGUUUCAUCAACACCAGGAAAGACCAAACAUUUUCAAACUAUACAUCUUUCGCCUUCACUGGUAUUAUGUGAUUGUCCUGGAUUAGUUUUUCCAAAUUUUGCGACAACAAAUGGUGAUAUGGUUUGCAAUGGUGUUUUGCCUAUUGAUCAAUUACGGGAGCAUACUGGACCUGUUGCUUUAAUUGCACAAAGAAUACCAAAAGCUGUACUUGAAGCCAUAUAUGGUAUUAAAAUUAAGGUUAGACCAAUCGAAGAAGGUGGCGCAGGAAUCCCUUCAGCAGAAGAACUAACAGUGGCUUAUGCAGUUUCUCGCGGGUAUACUAAAUCAGGACAUGGAAGCCCUGAUGAAUCGCGAGCCGCAAGAUAUAUAUUGAAAGAUUAUGUGAAUGGAAAACUUCCAUAUUGCCACCCCCCACCAAUGGGGAUAUCAAAAGAGGAAUUCAACGCGGAGAUACAUGAUUUAAAACUUUAUACUAAACCGGUAAAAAAGAAGACAAUUACUCAACCUUUACCCUCAACAGUAAAUACAGAAGUAGCAUCGGAUGGUGCAACACCUAUUACAGGAGACAUAUCACGAGAGCUUGACAAAUCAUUUUUUAACAAUCAGUCUUUAGGAGCGAGGACAACGGGUAGAUAUGCUAUGGGAGAAUUUAAUAGAGUUAAAUUAUAUCCAAUUCAUGGCGCAUUAAGCGAUGAUACUACACCAGCUAAUGGAUCUCGAUUGACACCAAUUGUGGGGCCAGAUAAACAGAAAUUUUCAUGUCGUUUACCUGCAUCUUGA